CGGGAUGAGCACUACGCCAGUUGCAAAGCUCUCUCAGAGAGAGAGAGAGAGAGAGAAUGGAAGAAAAUUUGAGAGAACUUGGAUAAAAAAAGUAGAGAUUAGGAAGGGAGAAGGAUCUAAUGCUGGUGUUGGGAUUCGUUCAGCUCCGCUGAAUUCCAAGGAUCCGAAUUUUAUUUAUUGCCGCCCCUCGAAAAAGCGGAGGCCUUUGUGGCUCGCCUCCCAUUGGCGUGAAGGGAAGAGUGCAGGGUGGGAGUGAAAAAGACCGGAAUCUUGUUAGUGUUUUCGUUCUCCGUGCCCCGGUGGAGUAAGAAGAGCAUGGGAGAGCCUGGGGAAGAGAGGACUUGCUUGUGGGGUUUUGCUGCGGGGGAAUGAUGCUGGCAUCAUUGCAUGGUUGAUAUCUUGGAUUUUGGAUGCUCCGGAGCUUCCUAGGUGGUCAAAACAAUGGUUGCCUAAGAUGCUAUCCUAAAUAUUUGUUGAAUUUAUGGUUUUUCUUAGAGAGUUCUGCUGCGAUCAGGAUUUGUUGUCUGCUAAAAAAGUUUUGGAGGUUAUCUAUUUGUGAAAUUAGUCUAAUUUGAAGCUUGAGGGUACUGACUGUUCCAAAAUGGAACGGGCCAGCGAUCAGGGUAGGUUUCUUUAGGAUAAAACAUAGCGUAAUCUGGACAGUGGAAAGUAAAUUAGUGGCUUAGUAUAUUGAUGGCAGCUGAUUUGAAUAUGGAUUUUCAGCAAGGGACCUUUCCAUACUCCUUUUGCAAUCAACACAUGGUUUCUUUCCAGACAGGGGCAAUAAAUAGAACCACGGAGAUGAUUUCUGGGGGCAUGAGCAGUUCAGGCUUGAACAGCAACACUCAUGGGAUGUUUCUGCCUGGUAACCCCAGUAUGACUGCCAAUAUGUCUGCAAUAAGUGCAGCUGGAAGCUCUUCAAGCAAUUUUUGUCUUGAUCAUGUGCACAGGUUCAAGCCUGGUACUGUGUCAGGUUCAGAUUGGUCUGCUCAAGAAGUGGCUAAAUUGAAUGAAGGUCUUAUGAAAUAUGCUCAUGAACCAAAUUUUAUGAAGUAUACAAAGAUAGCAGCUAUGCUUCCAGAAAAGACUAUAAGGGAUGUUGCAUUGAGGUGUCACUGGAUAAGUAAUAAUGAAAGUGGUAAAAGACGGAGGCCUGAAGAACAUUAUGCAGGAAAGAAAAUAAAAGACACAAAGGAAAAGAUGGUGGCUUCUUCCCCAGGAGCAAAUAUUCACAAGGUUCCAUUAGACGGCGUGUCCCCAUAUUCGCUUAUGAUGCAUAAUGUGAACCACAGUGAUCAGUUUUUGCAUGAAGGCCCAGCUUUUGAUGGUGCAAUGCAGCAUCUUCUGGAUGAAAAUGUUCAAAUUUUAGGGCAGAUUUCAGCAAAUCUUGCUACAUUCAAGAUACAGGAGAACAUCAAAUUAUUUCUUCACACAAGAAACAACUUCACAUCCAUUUUGCGUAGAAUAAGCGAGAUGCCUCCAAUAAAGAAUCAGGUUCCUGGGAUAAUGAGUCCAUUGCCUCCUUUGCCACUGUCAAUCGAUGAGGAACUUCUCAAAUCUGUUGUCUCUUUUAAGAGCGAGGAUGCUAUUUAUGGUGCACCAAAUGGCAUGAAUUCCUAGCAGGAGCUAAGAUUGUUACAACCAACUGAAGGAUGAGGUGCUAACAGGUUUGUGUAAUUACUCAAAACAUCUUCUGUAAAUUUAGCCAAGCGGCGAGAGCUUGCUCUAUUAUGUAAAAAUAUCUUCCAAGAGGAAGAUCCCAUUACAGAAUGGAGAUAUCAUUCUGCUGACCCGAGCACCAGGUAAUAAAAGGGUCUGCUGACCCGAGCACCAUAGCAGAAGGCUCUCUCUUCUCUGGUCAUUUCAGUGUAACCUGAUUUUGUAUGUACGGUUCCUGGUAUGAAACUUGUAUAUCUAUGCUUCAUAAAGGGAGAGGAACCUUGGAACAAAAACAUUUUUGGUGCUUCCAUGUUAUCAAUUCAUUUACAUUGUUAUUGUCAUUUA